UCCACCCUCUCGGCAGCGCCGCCGUGUUGUUGUUUGUAUAGUGUGACGUUAAUGUUUUGCCUCAGAGAGGCGUAACGUUUAAUGUUAGAGUUGCACUGAGGACGUUUGCCUUCUUAUUUUCUCCCGCUGCAGUUUACCUCUAAAACAGUGUCCAGUAGCUGCUUGACAGAUGUCCGACAGCUCCAGUGACACGGAGUCGUCCUGCGGAUGGACAGUCAUCAGUAAUGAGGGUUCAGAUGUUGAGAUGCUGGGGCCGGAUAACGCCCGAGAGGAUGGAUCGGUUAUCUCUGCUCCAGAUGUACCUGAUGCCGAGCGAGGUGAGGAGAGUUUGGGAGAGUCUUCAUUAGACGUCACACUGAGAGAGGAGGCGGAGCCGGCCCGAGAGGCGGCUGGAGAAGAACAUGUGAUCCUCAGCUCCUCCAUUCAGAACUCUGACAUCAUCACGCUGGUGGACUCUCAGGAGGCGGAGUCUGAUUCGUGGGAGGAGCCUCUUGCAAAGGAGAUCUUGCUUAUCACAGCUGUGCAGCGAGACGGCGGUAACAGCAGCAGUGAGGUUGAGGAUGAGGAGGGUGAGGGUGAGGGUGAGGGGAAGGUCAGUCCCGUGUUGAGGAGGCGCAGAGUGAGGAGGAGCUCCGCCGGAUCAGAGCCUGGAGACUCACAGGAGCAGGUGUUUGAGGAGAUAGGAGCUCAUCUGGACGGCCGCGCUGCUCCCAUCAGCAGCACCCUGAACAAAUGCAUCCUGCUAGCGCUGCUCAUCGCCAUCAGCAUGGGCCUCGGACACUUCUACGGCACAGUCCAGAUUCAGGAGAGGCAGAAGAUCGUGGAACAGAGUCGCAUGAAUGAGCUGGAAACGCAGUGUAAGAGAGAGCUGGACGUUGUAAGUAAGGAAGUGGUUGAGAAUCUCAAAGAAGACCUUGAGGAAAAGCAAGGCAUGGUCAUGUCCCUCAUGAACACCAUGGAUAAGAUAACUAAAGAAAACCAGCAUCUCAGAGUCAAACAGGAAGAGUUACAGGUCCAAAGACGAGAUUUAUACGUGCAACUGACGCAAACCAAAAGCCAAAUAGAGUCUGGGCAGAACGACCUGACUACAGAGAACCAGCGUCUUAAAGUCACUCUGGAGCGAGGAGAGGCGUCUCUGUCGGCCCUGAAGGACGAGCUGCGGUCCCUGCGGGGACAGAUACGAGAAUUAGAGGAACGAGGGUCCCGGGCCGACUCCAUAGUGUCCAAGAACCAGCGACAGGAGGAGAAACAGAAAGUGCUCAGCUUCAUGAACCAAAGAGAAGCGCUGAUGGCCGAAGCCCAGGAGCUGCGGAAGGAGCUCGAAGAAGAGCGUAAGGUGACCGACAAGCUCAAGGAGGAACUGGAGGAAAUGCGGAAAGAGGAGGACGUCGAAGACAAGACGGAAGAACUACAGGCGCGACUCCAGGAGCUCGAGAACAAGCUGAAGUUCGAGCAGCAGCGCUCCGAUCUUUGGGAGAGACUGUACGUGGAGUCGAAGGACGAGAGAGCGAAGGGAGACCGGGAUGUGAAGACCAAGAUUCCCAAGGACGGGAUGUUGGGAAAAGUGAAGGAAACCUUCCACGCUGUGAAGAACUCCACUAAGGAGUUUGUGCACCAUCACAAGGAGCAGAUCAAGAAAGCCAAAGAAGCGGUGAAGGAAAACCUCCGGAAGUUUUCCGACUCUUUUAAAACAACUUUCAGGCAUUUCAAAGACUCGAAUAUCUUUCACCGCGACAAACCCGAGCAUCACUCGUUCCAGCAGGAGCAAGGAAACAUGCGCACCGAAGACUGGCAGCCACAGAAACCUUUACAUCAUCGCAAAUCAACCUUCGACUCGUUUCACGCCGAUCACAACACACGCAAACCCAGCGCUCAGAGACCGCACGGCAUCAUGGGACAGAAAACGCCACUCAAAAGCUGUUCGGGAGUGUUCGACUGCGCCUAUCAAGAGUCCAUGACUCUAUUUAACAAAGCCAUGGAUCCCAUCCGAGCAGAUGAGUUUAACGAGCUCCUACGCAGCUAUUUGCAGAAUAAAGUGGUGCAUUUCCACCACUGGAGGGAGCUGGAGAGCUUCAUCGCUAAUUUCUUCCUUAACGGCGUCUUCAUUCACGACCAGAUGCUGUUUUCGGACUUCGUCAGCAACGUUGAGGAUUACCUCGAGGAAAUGGAUGAAUAUCACCGCCUCAGCGACGACGUGUUCGACGAUUUGGAUGAUUACAUAUACCGCCACAUUUUUGGAGAUGCGUAUUUAAAAUAUUUUGUGCCGAGUCGACCCUUCGAAAGGUCGAGGUCGAAGGUCAAGGCGUGGCGUCACUGUCAGCAGCAUCCUCGUCCUCAAAGAACCAAAAAAUGGAGUCAAACGGGACGUGACCCUAACAGACAGUUCCCAGAUGUCAAAAUAGAGCUGGGUCCCAUGCCCUUCGAUCCCAAAUAUUAGAAGAAACAUUUGAGUUCUUCUCAAUAAUGCUCCUGUUGUGUUGUUUUUGUCUUGGGGAAGGUUCAAGAGAGCUUUGGGUUCACCUUUUCUGUGUUUCAGUUUAUUUUUUUGCACACGUGUCUCUCUAUCUGGACUUUUAAGCAGCUUAGAAUUAAUUACAGGCAUUUUUGAGGCACAUUUAUGUUGCCGUUCCCUGAAAAGUAUUGGAAAUUAUUUUAACGAAUAUGCAAAUUAUUUUGGAUUACCAACCAAAAAGGCAAUUUGUUUUGUUGCGUUUUAAUGAACUAUUAAUAUUUUUUGAACAAAAAAUUAAAAAGUGUGUUUAAUUUUGCUUAGGACCAACUAACCAAUUAAAUGCAUGAUAUUGAACCCAUUUUCAUCUCAAAAGUUCAGUAGAGUUGGAAGCAUAAUGAAAACUGCUCUUAAUUAUAAAGUUCACUUUGAAGUAAUCUGGUUUCUGUCAUGUGUCACCAGUUUUAUUUGAACAUGCAAAUCAGUAAAAUAUAUUAUUUAUGAUUUAGCACUUCGUUAAUGCAAUGUUUUCCCCUAUUUUUCUUCUCUUUGUUCUUGUAAUUGAACAUAAAUGCACUUAAACUUUAGAAUAAAAGUCUUUCACUGCUUCA